AUGGAAAAAUAUUCAACUUUUUAUAUCUGUUGAAAUGAAAAAACUGAUUUGUCAUUCCAUUUAGCACUCUUUGGCCAUUUCCAAGCUACAAAACUACAUGGCUCUGGUGGCGCCACCACUCUCAUCCCUCCGCCGCCGCCACCAUCACCACCACCACCAAUACGUCUUCCGCAGAACCACGCAGAAACCAAACGCCAAAGACUCUCUCCAUUCAAUUCGCAUUCCACAAUCAUCUCUUUUUCCCACUUCCCAAACACGCCAAAGAAAUUCUCUCACUCCGACCAACACUUCAACCCAUCAACUCUCCUUCCCUGAACAACUACCCAAGCUUUGCCACUCCGGAAACCUCGCCGAAGCUUUAGCCUUGCUGCAACAAAACUUCGAUAAUGCCUCUUUCGAUUCGACUCAAAGAGCCGAGGCGUUGAAUGUGUUAUUACAAGCCUGUGGUCACCACAAAGACAUUGAAAUCGGUCGAAAAGUUCACGAGAUUGUUCAGAGAUCGACCCAAUUCAGAGAUGACUUUGUUCUCAAUACCCGAAUCAUUACGAUGUAUUCCAUUUGUGGGUCUCCUUCAGAUUCUCGGUUGGUGUUUGAUCAAUUACAGAGGAAGAAUUUGUAUCAGUGGAAUGCAAUGGUUAGUGGGUACACUAGAAAUGAGCUCUGGUUGGACGCAAUGUUCACAUUCUGUGAAUUGAUUACAUUGAUGGAAUUUAAACCGGACAAUUUCACUUUCCCUUGUGUGAUUAAGGCUUGUGGAGGGCUUUUGGAUCUGGGUUUGGGACAGAGUGUUCAUGGAAUGGCAAUGAAGAUGGAUUUGAUUUCGGAUGUGUUUGUGGCUAAUGCACUGAUUGCAAUGUAUGGGAAAUGUGGGUUUGUUGAGGAAGCUCUUAAAGUGUUUGAAAAAAUGCCCGAAAGGAACUUGGUUUCGUGGAAUUCUAUUCUUUCUGGGUUUUUGGAAAACGGGUUUUGUCAAGAGAGUUUCAAUGUGUUUAGGGAGAUGUUGGCGGGAGAGGAAGGUUUGGUACCGGAUGUUGCUACGCUGGUGACUGUAUUACCGGUAUGUGCAUUGGAAGGAGAAGUGGAAAUGGGAAUGAUGGUUCAUGGUUUGGCUGUGAAAUUUGGGCUGAACCAGGAACUAAUGGUGAGCAAUGCCUUGAUGGACAUGUAUUCCAAAUGUGGGUUGUUAUCGAAAGCCCAAACCCUUUUCGAUAAGAAUGAUGAUAAAAAUGUAGUUUCUUGGAAUUCCAUGGUUGGGGGUUAUUCUAGAGGAGGACAUGUCGAUAGGACCUUUGGCCUUUUGCGGGAAAUGCAGACUAGCAGUGUGAAAAUAAAGGCUAAUGAGGUUACCUUAUUGAAUGUAUUGCAAGUUUGUUUAGACAAGUUGGAACUGUUGAAACUGAAGGAACUUCAUGGCUAUUCACUUAGAAAUGGGUUUCAGUGUGAUGAAUUGGUAGCCAACGCAUUUAUUGCAGCCUAUGCAAAAUGUGGGGCUCUGAGUUCUGCUGAAAAUGUCCUUUAUGGUAUGGAGAAUAAGACGGUGAGCUCUUGGAAUGCACUGAUUGGUGGAUAUGCACAAAAUGGAGAUCCGUCAAGGGCUUUAGAUAUGUACCGUCAAAUGUCAUAUUCGAGGUUAAAUCCUGAUGGGUUCAGCAUUGGUAGCCUUCUUUUGGCUUUUGCCCACCUGAAAUCCCUACAGUAUGGAAAAACAAUUCAUGGAUUUGUGCUUCGAAGGGGUACAGAAACAGAUUCAUUUAUUGCUAUUUCACUUCUUUCACUUUACAUUCAUUGUGGGAAACCAUUAUUUGCACGGGAUGUAUUUGACAGGAUGCAAGAUAAAAGUUCAGUAUCUUGGAAUGCAAUGAUUGCUGGUUACUCUCAGAAUGAACUUCCUGAUGAAACCCUAAAUCUCUUUCGUCAAAUGGUUUCCGAUGGAACCCAACCCAGUGAAAUUGCAAUAACGAGUGUGUUUGGGGCUUGUUCGCGGUUGUCAGCUUUGCAGUUGGGAAAAGAAACACACUGCUUUGCUUUAAAAGCUCACCUUACUGAAGAUGUAUUUGUCGGUUGUUCAAUCAUAGAUAUGUAUGCAAAAAGUGGCUCAAUAGAACUAUCUCAAAAGGUUUUUGAUCGACUACAAGAGAAGGAUCUGGCAUCAUGGACAGUUCUAAUUGCAGGAUAUGGAAUUCAUGGAUGUGGGGAAGAGGCCAUAGAGCUAUUUGAGAAAAUGCAACGAUUAGGGUUGAAGCCUGAUGGAUUCACGUUCAUUGGUAUUUUAACAGCUUGUACCCACGCUGGGCUGGUUGAAGAGGGUCUGAAAUAUUUCAAUCUUAUGCAGCCGGUGCAUGGAAUAGAACCAAAAUUGGAGCAUUAUGCUUGUGUUGUGGACAUGCUUGGUCGUGCUGGGCGAUUCAAUGAUGCUUUAAAGCUUGUAAAUGAGAUGCCAAUGGAGCCUGAUGUUGGUAUAUGGACCUCAUUACUCAGUUCCUGUAGAAUUCAUGGUGAGACGGAUUUAGGAGAAAAAUUUGCUGAGAAGUUGUUAGAAUUGGGGCCAGACAAAGCUGAAAAUUAUGUGUCAGUCUCAAAUUUAUUUGCCGGAUCCGGAAAUUGGGAUGAUGUCAGAACGGUACGGGGGAAAAUGAGGGAAUUAGGCCUUAGAAAGGAUAUUGGCCGCAGUUGGAUUCAAAUUGGAGGGAAAACUUACAACUUUGCUGUUGGUGAUAGAAUGCUCCAUGAGUCAGAAGAGAUGCAAGAGAUGUGGAGAAGAUUGGAGGAGAAGAUAAGUCAAAUUGGAUAUGUACCCGAUACAAGUUCAGUGCUUCAUGAAUUAAAAGAAGAGGAGAAAAUAGAGAUUUUACGAGGGCAUAGUGAGAAGCUUGCAAUUUCAUUUGGUUUAUUGAAGACAACAAAAGGCGUGACACUGAGGGUUUGCAAGAAUCUGCGCAUUUGUGGAGAUUGUCACAAUGCAAUCAAGUUGGUAUCAAAGGUUGUUAAUAGGAAGAUAAUUGUGAGAGACAACAAGCGCUUUCACCAUUUUAGCAACGGGUUGUGUUCUUGCGGCGAUUAUUGGUGAUGCAGAAGAAGCCAAUUUUUUUUCAUAAGAAUCUAAAUGACUGGGAAAUUGAUACCUUUGGCUUAUAACCAAUCUUCAAAUUUCCUAGGUCUGUACAUGUUGGUCAUCUGUUUUGCUUUCAACUUUCUUCUCACAUAUUGUUUCUGAAAACAUCUAUGCUUUGGCUUCACUAGCAGCUUCCUGUUAUAGUUGAUAAAGAAUUGGUUUCAACUAGAAAUUUUGAUGGUUGAAGGAUAAGUAAGUGUACAUAGACAUUUUGUGACUGUAGAUUUCAAAUUUUGAAUGAUAAGAGACAAAUCUAUCUUGUUGUUUGUUGU